GUGGAGACCGGGGGCCGCUGCGGUGGAAGAGCGGCGAGCGAGGCGGGCGGAGUGGGAUGGCGGCGCGGCUGGCUGCGCGCGGGGCACCGGGGACUGCCGGCCGGUGCCCAUGGCUGCUGCUGCUGGCGCUGCUGCUGCUGGCGCCGCUGCUGGCGCGGCCCGCCGAGGCCCUGGUGGAGGGGCUGUACUGCGGCACCCGUGACUGCUACGAGGUGCUGGGCGUGAGCCGCUCCGCCAGCAAGGCGGAGAUCGCGCGAGCCUACCGCCAGCUGGCCCGGCGCUACCACCCCGACCGCUACCGGCCCGAGCCGGGCGACGGCCCCGGGGGCGCGCCGCCGAGCGCCGAGGCUUUCCUGCUGGUGGCCACCGCCUAUGAGACGCUCAAGGAUGAAGAGACACGGAGAGACUAUGACUACAUGCUGGAUCACCCAGAAGAAUACUAUAGCCAUUACUACCACUACUACAGCAGGCGCCUAGCCCCAAAAGUGGAUGUUAGGGUGGUGAUUUUGGUCACCGUGUGUGCCAUUUCAAUGUUUCAGUAUUUCAGCUGGUGGAAUAGCUAUAAUAAAGCAAUCAGCUACCUAGCCACAGUACCCAAAUACCGCAUCCAGGCAACAGAGAUUGCCAAGGAGCAGGGGCUGCUCAAAAAAGCCAAAGAAAAGGGGAAAAACAAGAAGUCCAAAGAAGAAAUCCGUGACGAGGAGGAGAGCAUCAUAAAGAACAUUAUAAAAAGUAAGAUAGACAUAAAGGGGGGCUACCAGAAACCCCAAGUACGUGACCUCCUCCUGUUCCAAGUCAUCCUCGCUCCUUUUCACCUGUGCUCGUACAUAGCUUGGUACUGCCGGUGGGUCUAUAACUUCAACAUCAAAGGCAGAGAGUAUGGGGAGGAGGAGAGGCUCUACCUCAUACGCAAGUCUAUGAAGAUGUCCCAGUCUCAGUUCGACAGCCUGGAGGACCACCAGAAAGAGACGUUUCUUAAGCGGGAGCUGUGGAUAAAGGAGAAUUACGAGGUCUACAAGCAGGAACAAGAUGAAGAAUUAAAGAAAAAAUUGGCGAAUGACCCUCGAUGGAAGCGGUACCGGAGAUGGAUGAAGAACGAAGGGCCUGGACGGCUGACGUUUGUGGAUGACUGAGGAUUAAUGGGAUGCUGCUGUCCCAGACUUAACUGCGACACUGUUCUCAUGGCAGUUGUUCGAGAGGUGCCUGCUGCUCUGAGCAGUAACUGCAGUUCACGAGGAUAUGAUCAAACAGAAUGAUGUAGAAAUCUCAACUUUCCCAUAAAACUUUAUACAGAAGACAUUUAUGAUGGUUCAAUUUUUAUAAUCUAUUUGUGGAUUUUGUUAAAAAAGAUUUGACAUGGGGAUUUAUUAGUUGCCAUUUAAAAUUUUUAUAUGUUUAGUUAAAUUUGACAUGAAAUUUAUUAGAUACCAUUUAAAACUUCUGUGUGAAGUGUUUCUUCUUCAAGGGUGUUUCCUUAUGUUUUCAUAAUGCUACAUUUUUCUGCUUUCCUGGUCUAUACUUUUACAAAACAACAACAAAGAAAUUACAACAGCAUUUGAUGAUGUUAUUGUGUCUUUCUGGACACACAUUUCUUCAGGAGAGCCAUUCAGUGUCAUCCUGUCGUUACUGUAGUCCUUACAGGUUGAGUAUGCUCACAGUAAUCUCUAGGAGAGUCUAGAAUCUCUGCGGUCCCCCACCAACUCUACUCUCGAUAAGAUCAGAAACUCUCCAGGAGAGUGACCACCGUCAUGUCCUUGUGGGAUGUGCUUGAUUACAGUCUCAUUAUUGGACUGUUUUCUCAAACAUUUCUGCAGAAGGGACCUUGUGAAAAGGUCUUUUGUACUACCACCUUGCUGCUUGCUUGCUUGCUUCCUUAAUUAUGAAUUACUUGUGUGGUGAAAAUGUAAUGCACAUGGGGUUAUUUACAUGAAACCAGAAAGAAGAUAAGCAUGGCUAUGUGCCAUUCUCUCUGCCGCUAGAGUAUAAAUGUUUUUAUACAUGUGGAAGUGAAAGUAAAUGACAGAAUUGACUGAGUCAAACCUGAUACUAUAUCAAAGUAUUGCAUAUAUUUAUAUGCAGUACUCCUGUUAAAGGUUUACCUUACUGCUUCAUAUUAAUAAAAUGGAUGUGAUAUAUCA